AUGUUCGGCGUCUCAAAGAAGGCCCGUACACAGGCACCCAAGGCUGCUGCUCCUCGUAUCUUUGUCCCCUUCCGAGCCAUUGGUUAUGUCACCAACGAGGUCCCCUUCAACAUCCAGGCCAGAGGUCAAGCAUACUUCCUGACCACCUGCGUCGGCACUACCUUUCACAUCUACGAUGUCGCCAAAAUGAACCUCCAGUUUGUUGGAGCACACACGUCGCAACCUAUCACAGCAUUGGCAGCCCUGGGCGAUCUCACUUUUGUUGCAUGCGGAUCAGAUGUCGUUUCGUACAAGCGUGCAAAGGAAGUUAGUCGAUUCACAUGUGGCGAGGACGAAAGACUCUCAAUAGCAUCUCUCGAGAUCUUUGGUCAACACAUUAUCUCGAUCUGCAGCGAUAACAGCGUCAAGUUGAACGAUCAUACCACCGGAGAGCUUUACACCACCAUCGACUUUGACUCUUCUUUCACCGUUACGACACUCAUCCACCCCAGUACAUACUUGAACAAGAUUCUCAUUGGAAGCAACCAAGGAACGAUGCAGAUUUGGAACAUUCGCACCAGCACCAUGGUCUAUGCCUUCAAGAGCUUCAACUCGCCCAUCACUUGCUUCACACAGACUCCCGUCGUCGAUGUCAUUGCUGUCGGUCUCUUGGAUGGCUCGAUUGUGCUUCACAACAUCAGGACAGACGCAACCAUUAUGACUUUGAGACAGGAGGGCAAAGUAACCGCCGUCACCUUCCGCACAGAUGACCAGCACGUUAUGGCCUCCGCCAACAUGUACGGUGAUAUUGCUCUUUGGGAUCUGAACCGCCAAAAGAUUCUCCAUGUGAUGAAGGGAGCACACGAUGGAUCUAUCCCCUCUGUCCAGUUCUUGAACGGACAGCCUAUUUUGAUGAGUUCAGGAGCCGACAACGCCGUCAAGCAGUGGAUUUUUGACAGUCUGGAUGGUCUCCCCCGCCUUUUGAAGUCCAGGAGUGGUCAUCAUCAACCCCCAACACAUAUCAAAUAUUAUGGCGAGGACGGACACUUCAUUCUUUCGGCUGGUCGCGAUCGCUCCGUCAGGGCGUUUUCGACUGUUCGUGAUUCUCAGUCGACCGAGUUGUCUCAGGGAUCCCUCAGCAAAAAGUCCAAGCUGUUGAACUUGAAGAUCGAUGAGCUCAAGUUGCCCCUGGUCACGACUUUGGCCGCUUCGCCUGCUAAGGAGAAGGAGUGGGACAACAUCUUGACAGCGCAUUGGAACGAACCCGGCGUGCGGUCAUGGAACUAUCAGCGCAAGACUCUGGGUGCCCACAUCAUGACCCCCAAGGAUGGGUCGGCCACCAAGACGGUUGCUGUCAGCUCGUGUGGCAACUUUGGCUUUGUCGGAUCAGCUUCGGGUGGAAUCGACAUGUUCAACAUGCAGUCGGGAAUUUUCCGUCGUUCGUAUGAGGAAGAUGGCCACAAGAAGUCUGUGACGGGACUUCAGUCAGACCGCUUGAACAGGACAUUGAUCUCUGGCUCCUUGGACGGACUGCUCAAGUUGUGGGAUAUCAAGACUGGAAAGUGCGAACAUACCAUGGAGAUGCCCUCGCCCAUCACGCACUUGCUGCUCUUUACCGAGAACAACCACCUCGCCGUCAUUUGCGACGACUUGUGCAUUCGCAUUGUCGAUGUUGAGAACAGACGUGUCGUCCGUGAGUUCUGGGGUCAUUCAAACCGUAUCACCGACAUGACUUUCAGCCCCGAUGGUCACUGGCUCGUGUCGGCAUCUCUUGAUGCUACCAUCCGCACAUGGGAUCUUCCCACUGGCCACAUGGUGGAUAUCUUUAGAUGCGAAAGCAUUGCCACCUCUCUGUCCUUCUCGCCCACAGGAGACUACUUGGCCACAGCACACGUCGACAAUGUCGGAAUCUUUUUGUGGGCCAACCGCAUGCAGUUCACCACCGUGUCGCUGAGGAGUAUCACUGAGGACGAUGUGAUCAGAGUUGCUCUGCCCACAUCAUCUACCUUGGAUGAUGAGGCUGAAGACAACAUGUUCACGACGAACGAGGAGGUUUUGGCUUUGGAGCCUACGAUUGAGACACCCGAGCAGUUGACCGAGCAGAUGAUUACGCUAUCCCUUCUUCCCAAGUCCAAGUGGCAGACAUUGUUGAACCUGGAUGUGAUCAAGUCCAGGAACAAGCCAAAGGAGGCUCCCAAGGCCCCCGAGAAGGCCCCCUUCUUCCUCAGCACAUUGCCUGGUGUUGAACCCAAGUUUGUGGCCACCAAGAAGGAUGAGGAGCGGUCGAUGGAGGACUCAAAGAUGAUCCGCAUGAGCAUGUUGCAGCCCGAGACGGUGUUCAUGACGCUCUUGAAGCGCGGCCAUACCUCUUCAGGAAGCAGCAGCGAGAAGGAUUACUCGGACUUUUUCGAUCACUUGAAGACCCUGAACCCCUCAGCAGUCGACUUUGAGUUGAGAUCAAUGUCCCUCGAUAACGACUUGGCUGAGCCCCGGUACUUUUUGGAGGCGAUCGAGUGUCUGUUGCAGCAGAAGCGGGAUUUCGAGUUGGCAGAGGCAUACCUGAACUUGUUCCUGAAGAUCCACGGAGAUGUGUUGGUUGCCAACCCUGAGGCUGGACUUAAUGAUGAGGAGGAGAGUGAGAGUGAGGACGAGGAUAGUGAGAUGGAAAGUGAUGCCGAUAGUGACGAGGAGGAGAGGAAACAGAGUAAGGCUAGCAAGAAGCUGUUGAAGGUCAAGGUCAAUGCUGUCAAGGCGGGUCCUUUGAGCGUCAGCAUGCGGUUGAGGCGGCUGGUGGGCGAGCAUCAGCGUGAGUGGAAGAGGCUUGAAGAGCUGUUCCAGAGCACGCUUUGCUUGAUCGAGUUUAUGAGAACCAAGGCAUAA